AUGGAGAAGAUAUCUCUGAAUCUGUUCCGCAGUCUCAGUAACAUAGAUCAUAUUCCUCUCUCAGAGGCUGAGAACUUGCUGUCUUCAUUUUCUGAUUUCAUGGUCACUUACUCUGUGAAUCUGCCACACACCCUCCCAAAUGGGAAGAAGAAAGGGAAGGCAGAAUGGAAUGCUGAGGUUAGUCAGGCUUAUAAGCUGGCUAAGGAGUCUCGGAAGACCUGGCUACUGACCGAAACCACCAAUAAGGACCAGGCCAAUGAAGACCGCAUCAUCGCAAAGAAGUCCUUCAGAAAGUGCUUACGACAGUCCAGAGCGCAUUUGAGGAACAAUCUUCUCUCUGAAAUAGAAUCUGCCUCUGCGUCAAACAGCAAGCUAUUUUAUUGUCUUGUCAAAAUGAAUCGUGGCUCGGACUCUUUGCAUCGUGAAGUUGAUCAUCUCUCCUACGGUGACCAUGAUUACAAAGGUGAUGAAAUGCUUCUUGGCUGGCAACUUUAUUUCACUGCCCUUUCCUCUGAUGGCUCCAACACCUCUCACAUAAGCUCCGCUCAAGGACAAUCUCUGGCAGUUUUCCUGCCCCAUGAGGAUUCCUCUGCUCCUGAGUUAAGACAUGGUAUCCAACUUACAUCACAAGACCUGGAUGAGGCCAUCAAGCAUCUAAAGUUGGGCAAGGCUGCUGGCGAGGACAAUGUUUCUCCUGAACAUCUGAAGCACCUGGGUGACACAGCUCGUCGUCUUCUACUUGCCCUGUUCAACACCUUUCUACAUCAUGCCCACUGCCCGAAAAUCUUCAAGCAAGGCCCCAUUCUCCCUCUUCACAAGGGUAAAGGGAAGGAUCCACAUGACCCAAGGAACUACAGAGGCAUUACUCUUACAUCUGUCCUAUGCAAACUUCUAGAACUCUGCCUCAAACCACAACUGAUACGUCAGCUCUACAUCAGCGACACACCCGAUGAACUCCAGUUUGGUUUCAGAAAGGGAUUCUCAUGUGCCCUCAGAUCCAUCUCACCUGAGUUGAUCAUCGAACUGAACACUGCACAUAAAUUCCCUACAUAUCUUGCUCUCUUGGAUGCAGAGAAGGCCUUUGAGACAGUGUGGCAUAGAGCCUUAGAGGGCUCUUCGAGAAGCUUAAGUCAUCUCAUCUAG